AUGAAUGGACACAACGAUAAACUCUUUCAGGCAUCUGUUGCUCUCAACAACAUGGGGAUCGUUUUGAUGGAGCGGGGAUUAUACGAUAAAGCUGUCUCUACGUUGAAAGAAGCCGUCGAAGUCCUAAAGAUCGUGUUUAUAAACGAUCGAGAACCAGACGGUUGUCGAAGUAUUCCGUUGCUUCUUCACAACGCCUUUCUCCGCAUGGCGAUGCCCGCCAUGGUCCUCGGUCAAGAGCCCUAUCGUGCUUCGGUGGAGCUCAUCGCGCACGACGAGCAAGACUUCGAAUCGAUUCAACGAAUCCUCCUAACCAACAGCAAUCGCUCGUUUUUCCCUCUUCGUAUGGAGAGCAUCGAAAGGAAUGCCAUCCUGAGUAAGCAAACCUGGGGAGCAUCCAUCGUCAUUUACAACAUGGCCGUGGCCAAGGUACUGAUCGCGCGUAGUUCCAAAAACCCUCGCAAAAUCGAAUCCUUCAACCGGUGUGCGUUGAGGCUGUUCGUAAUGAGUCGCAAAAUUGUGCACGAAUACUCCGAGCAGUGUGAACAAGAAAGGGAUUAUGCCCGAUUGCAACAGUUGCACUUGGUGUCGUGUCUCAGUAUGAAACAGGAACUCGAUCUCCUGUUCCGGUUAGGGCAGCUGUCCAAGGCUCAAGAAACGUACGACUCAUUGCUGCACGUUAUCGCCGCUAUGGAAGACAUGGGCAAUCUACUCUACGGCGGCAAGUGUUCCGCUGCGGCAGCGUAG